AUGCCAUCUGCACGUAUUCGUUCGUCUGCUUCAGAGGAAGAUACACCAGAUAUUCGAAAGAUUCAUAGUCGUCAUACUUGGAAAUUAGAAAAUAAGCAACUUGGUAAUGGACAACCAAUAUCAAGAAAAUCUGUAUACUAUAUACAAAAUGAAGUGAUGAAACGAAAAGAAAAAUUUCAUUUUUCUAAACAAGAAAUCGAAUCAUUAUGUACAAUAUUUCGUUAUUUAACUAGAGAUGAUGAUAAAAAUACAAUCGAUCGAACACGUUUUCGUGAUAUUUUACAUAAUACAUUCGAAAUGACAGAUGAUAUUUUAAUGGAUAGAGUUUUCAAAGUAUUUGAUCGAGAUAAUGAUGGACAAGUGAAUAUGCUCGAAUGGAUUAUUGGACUUAAUAUAUAUCUACGUGGAACAUUAGAUGAAAAAAUAAUUUUUGCCUUCAAUUGUUAUUCUCUUAAAGGUGAAAAAUAUAUAACUCGUCAGGAAAUAUUUCAAUUAUUAAAGAAUACUAUGCUUAAACAACCAGGUAAUGAUGAAGAUCCGACUGAAAGUAUUAAAGAAUUAGUAGAGAUUACAAUGAAAAAAUUGGAUAAAGAUCAUGAUAGUCGUUUGGAUGAUCAUGAUUUUGCUGUAUCCGUACGUGAAGAUCCAUUACUUCUCUCAUGUUUUGGUCAAAUAUUUCCUUAUCAUAAAAAAAAAGUUGAUUUUGAAAAAUCAGUCUUUGGUCAAACAUUGACAAAAAAUCAAAUGGAAAUUAUUUUUGAUUAUUAA